AGAGGGAGAAAGAUGGCGCCCACACACGUCCUGAGAUGCUGUCAACGGGGCUUAGCAUGGAUACCUGUGAUUUUUAUCGCCCUGGUCGUCUGCUGGUCGUAUUAUGCCUACGUGGUGGAGCUCUGUAUACUCACCAUAGGAAAGAGGGGGAGUAUAGGAGAACAGAUCGUAUACUUGAUCUUCUUCCACCUCUCCUUCAUCAUGUUUGUAUGGUCUUACUGGAAGACCAUCUUCACCAAGCCUGCCAACCCCUCCAAAGAGUUUUGCCUGCCAAAGGCUGAGAAGGAGCGUUAUGAGAAGGAGGAGAGACCAGAGUCUCAGCAGGAGAUCCUGUGGAGAGCUGCCACCAGCCUGCCUCUGUAUACCCGCACAGGUGCUGGAGCAAUCCGUUACUGCGACCGCUGUCAAGUCAUCAAGCCAGACCGCUGCCAUCACUGCUCCGCAUGUGACAUGUGUGUGCUGAAGAUGGACCACCACUGUCCCUGGGUGAACAACUGUGUGGGAUUCUCCAACUACAAGUUCUUCAUCCUCUUCCUGGCCUACUCGCUGGUGUACUGUUUGUUCAUUGCAGCCACGGUUCUGCAAUAUUUCAUUAAGUUCUGGACACUUUGCCGGAGGAAAUCGGCAGAGAACUGCCCGAAGAACGACCUGCCCGAGACUGCCAAAUUCCACGUCCUGUUUCUUUUCUUUGUGGCGGCCAUGUUCUGCAUCAGUAUCCUGUCCCUCUUCAGCUACCACCUGUGGCUCGUAGGGAAGAACAGGUCUACGAUAGAGGCGUUCAGAGCGCCAGUCUUCAGAACAGGCUCCGAUAAGAACGGCUUCUCUCUGGGUUUCCGGAAGAACAUCACUCAGGUCUUCGGUGACCAGAAGAAGUACUGGCUGCUGCCGGUGUUCACCAGUCAGGGAGACGGGCUGACGUUCCCCACCCGGCUGGUCAACGCCGACCCGGAGCAGGCCACAGUCAACAUGCAUCCGGAGCCCAGUAAAAGCGCUGCAGACGUCCCCGUGAGCCCGCUCAGCGACUCCCAGAACCGCCUCUUGAGCAACGAGCAGCACGCCAACAACGUCCAAGACCAUCUGGCGAACAACACCCUGAAAUCAGCUGAGAGUGAAACCAUCACAAUCUCUAUGGAGAGCGAGUCCUAACCAGAAAAAAAAUGCCUCAGUCAUCUUUUGCGAUGCCUUAAGCAACUCACCGGCCCCCCCCAGUGCAACUGCACCCCCCCCCCCCCCCCCCCCCCCCCCCCCCCCUCCUCCAGGCCCAUUUGAAGAAACUAUGGAAGUGUGGUUCACAGCACAGGAUUGCAUUUAUGGCGCUGGCGUUUUUUUUAUUUUUAUUUUUUUAUUAAAUUUGUUUUUUCUUUGCAUGCCAUUUCAUCAGCACACCGCCCACCUGCCAUCAUAAUAUCUGUGAUCCAGCUAAUCCACACACAUGCUGACAGUCACAUUUAGCUGUAUACUGAUUUCCUUUUGCUGUUUUUUUUUUUCUUCUCAUAAAUGACGUAAUUAUUGAUGAAUCCAAGAACCCUGGAGGGAAGAAAGAGCUACUUCUGCUUGUUUUUGUGUGUGCCAAAAGCUCCUCUUCGCUGCAUUGAGACAGUAUCUUAUAGGCGCCAAGCUGCUGUGAAUAGUGGGGGACAAGCUGGAGUACAGCAGUACGUUGUUGUGGUGUUGUCAGGAAGGCAGCACCUGUUUACCCAUGUGAGUGUUUUGGGUUUUUUUUUUGUGUAUAUGUGUUUUAUUUUUGUUUUUUGGAUAUAGUAUCUAUGAUCCGUACUUUUUUUUUUUUUUUUGAGAUGGAUGUUUUCUCACCAAAACCUGACGUGGAAACUUAAAGAGGACUCCACUGCCUGGCUCAGCGGACCGCACAGCGCCGGUGCGUCGCAGGGUAGACUGUUAGCUCGGUUCUUGGUGAGAAAUUGGACAUUAGAGCACAACAUAUGGAAUUUGCACUUUGUAGAUUAUCAGUGACCAUCAUUUCAAAAAAAAAGUGCUGCUUUUUAAAAAGAAAAAUGUCCCCAAAAGGAAAAAAAAAAAAAAAAUAUUCGCGACAGGGGACGACGGGAUGAUCCUGUGAUUCAUAGUGUUUCGUGUGUGAGAAGGAAUGUAUGUAGCAGUCAAAGUGGCAGUCAUGUUUUUUUAAAAGAAAUAUAUGUAUAAAAAAAAACUAACUCACUAAAAGAAAAAAAAGAAUCAGCUUUAUGUGAUUUUUUUUUUUUAUGGCCAUUUUUUUUUCUUUGUUUGAACGUGCUCCUGAUAGGUUCACCUGGGAGAUGUUUCACACAGCGCAACACGCAGCAUUCAUCGUCUCACCUGUUCUCGGCACGCAGCGCGUUUUUUCUACUCCUCGACUUUUAACUAAAGACACCAACACUCAUUGCCAAAUAAGGGCUGGCCUGUCAGGAGCUCUGACCUCUCAAGUGUUUACAGCAUCCUAGCUUUAUCUAACCUCACUGGCCAACGUCCUGAUAACCAAAUCCUAUUUAUCCGUAGUUUUGCAGCGCAGUAUUUUUCUUUCAUUGAUCUGCCUCUCCUGCCUGGGUCAUGAUGUCCUUGAAUUCCUAGUGCUGGCCAGCAGGUGGAGGCAUGUCUCCUGCUUAUUUACCCUCAUUCAGCUGGACUUUUUCUGUAUUUCUACACCAUCCGACUCAGGGCUCAAUUCACUUUCAGUCUAAUUUGCAGGUGCAGCUUUCUCCAAAAAAGAAGGAGGUUUUUCUUAACAGACAGUUAUUAUGCAUCACGUUUCCUCCAAGAAGUCAUUUUUCCAUUUGAUUUGAACAUGAAAGUGAAUUGAACCCCUCUUGACUAAAUGUAAAAUAGUGGUCUCACCUGCAGCUUCUGCUCGCCUUGUCACUGUAUACAUGGAAUCGGCUCGGUGUUGUGACCUCGAAAUGUUAAAAAAGAAACUUUAGGUUGUGAAACUCUCACAGUCAGUUGUCUCGUGAUUGGUGUCAAACAGCCUGUGUGACAAAAAUCUGCAAAAAUGGACAAUAUUUUGUUUGCUCAAAAAGUAAAUCACUUAUGCAUAUCACAGAUUUGUCAGUAAAACCAAAAGGAAAAAAAAAAAAAAAAACAAGGGAUGAACUCUUCCCUUUCCCAGGAAAUGUCUCUCCAGUGCUGAAGGUACUUUUCCACUGGAGGAUGACUCGGCUAAAUCUCGAUGUCUCUCUUUACUCACAUCCUCUGAUCACAUCCUGACCGCUGCUGGAUGACGGACACGUUUACAGCUGUUUCUGUCUGGAAUGCUGUGGUGGUGCCGUGAGCUGUGGGCGUUUCUCAGUAGUCACGGCUGCUGCUGGAUUCAUCCUAAACUGGAAAGCAAACGAAUAAUGGAGUGUUAAAAACAGCCUUGCUAGGAGUUUUGUUUUAGUCCUUCCAAUCAUGCCAUCUUAAAGGUACUCUGUUUUCCUCUCCGGUGAUUGGAUUGGAUUUGUCACUGUUGGAGUUUCUUAUACAAACAAAGGUUUUGUUCCGAUUAUGUAGAUUUUUCUAAAGUUCCCCCCCCCAUCAACAUUUAUCUCAAGAGGUUCAAUGAAAUGCUGUUUGAGGCCCCGGCUCGUUCUACUCGUCUCGUUUCCUCCACUGACUCUGAAACGUUGGACCUGUCGUCUCGUUUUACACAUUGCCUAUAUUUCCUCUCUCCGGGUCUUUCGGCCCCCCCGACA